CUACCAAUCAUUGCACUUCGCGAUAUUCAGUCUCGGUGUGCGGAUCGUCUUACUACUUGUCAUUUUUAUAUUCAUCCGUUUUGUGAUCUUUAAAUAAUUAAUUUUUCAAUUUUUUUUCUUUGAAUAAUUUAUAAUAAUAAUCUUCAGUGUGAAUACAUAAAAAACAAUGUCGGUUAUAUAUAAAAAUACAAUGAACUCAAUUGGCAAGUUUGUACCUCAGAAAUUUCAACCACUGUGGAAUCAUCCAGCUGGUCCACAGACUAUAUUCUUCUGGGCACCAGCUUUUAAAUGGGGACUUGUAAUAGCUGGCCUCGGUGAUUUGCAGAGGCCAGCAAGUCAAAUUUCCAUUAGUCAAUCAACUGCUUUAGGCAUGACUGGCUUAAUCUGGACCAGAUAUUCUUUAGCGAUCACUCCAAAAAAUUGGAGUCUUUUUAGCGUAAAUCUUUUCGUCGCGCUAACAGCUUUGUAUCAAGUUAGUCGAGGAAUAAUGUAUCAAAGAGAACAAACAACGUUAACUGCAACAGCAUCUGCGAAAGAAAAAUAGCGUCUAUUUUCAAAUAAUAUACAUUCCCAGAUAUUCAAAUAUUUAAAUGUAUAUAUUGAAAAUGACAUUUUAAUAAUUUGAUGAUAUUUGUGGAAUGUAUUUAAUGUUAUGAAACAAACAAAAAAAACAAACAUAAGAUUAGAAAAAUAACGCGAAUUUAUUAUCAGAAUUGAAUAUAAUUAAAAUUAAAAACUAUAGUUCAGAUAAAAUGCACUUUACAUAUAUAUAAUAGGAAUACAUUCAAUAUAAAAAAAAAUAAUAAUAAAAAAAAUAAGCUAUAAAUUAUAUCAUAAAAUUUAGAAAACAAGCAAAUUGCAAAUCGCAAGUCGAUAUGCAGAAAUAUGAAAUAAUAAUAAUUGGAAAUUUAAAAUAUUAAUAUUCAAAAUUUAAAACAUUAAUUAAAAAUUAAAAAUUAUCAAUAUUGUGUUUAAAUUUAAAAUACCAAAAAAAAUGCGAUACCAAUAACAUAAAAUUAUUAAAAAUAAUAUAAAAUGUAUUAAGCUGUGAUAUCGAAUGUAAGGUGCUGUUCGUUUUUAUUUCACUAUAUUGUAUAAAUUCUAAAUCCUAAACUAAGUACAAAUAUACCAACAGAAAAUAUAGAAUGUAAUUUCAAAGUGCAGUACAACAUUUAAAAGUAUACACAAUGAAUUAAAAUAUCAAUCAAUAAUACACCAAUAAUAAUCGUGUGUAGUAAUAUAUUAUGUAUAUUAUAUACAUACAUAAUGUUAGAUUUAGAUAAAUUUAUUUAUGUACAUAUCUACCUCUAAUAAAUAAUAAUAUAUAAUUUACUGGUCUUAACGAUUCGCAACACUGAUGCUGAAGCAUUCGAAGAAGUAGGAAAUGUACAAAUUGUAUACCAAGUUCGAUAAUAUUGUAAUUGCCUUAUAAAAAAUAUAAUAAAAUAAUAUAUUUUUUUAAUAA